CCCAGCGCUUGAGGCGAUCAGGCUCUGAGGUGGGCAAGCGUAUAGGGUUGUACCUACCAUUUGCUUCCUGCCUGUAGGCAAGGCUGCUGCCGGCUAGCCGUCACAGGCUCCAGCUGCUCCUUGUGCCUGCGACUCAACUCCGUCCGUCCCAACCGCUCCAUUCAACAUCCUCCCUCCUCCAACCCGCCAGCCGACCGCCCUCCCACCGGCGCAACGACAAACGACAACCGCCACAAGACCCCGCCAUCCGCACAGUACACGCAAAGCCUCAUCCUCCAUCGUCCAACAGCCAGAGCAGAGCCGCCACCAUGAAGCUGCACUACAUCGGCAUCAUCCGCAACGAAGGCAAGCCCGCGCACGAAAUCGUCGCCGAGAAGGAACUGAGCGCCUACUCGCGCUUCACACGCAACAACUAUGGCGAAUUCAUGACCCUUUUCGCGAAGACGGUCGCCGAGCGCACAAAACCCGGCCAGCGACAGGACGUUGAGGAACAAGAUUACACAUUCCAUGCCUACGGCCGGACCGAGGGCGUCUGCGGCAUCAUCAUCUCGGACCACCAGUACCCCGCCCUGGUCGCCCAUCAGCUCCUCAGCAAGUGCGUCGACGAGUUCCUCUCCAAGCACCCACGCUCGUCGUGGGCCACCGGCCAGCCCCAGCUGCCCAUGCCUGAGCUGCGCGACUACCUCACCAAGUACCAGGACCCGCAGCAGGCCGACAGCAUCAUGAAGAUCCAGAAGGAGCUUGACGAGACCAAGAUCGUCCUGCACAAGACCAUCGAGAGCGUACUGCAGCGCGGCGAGAAGAUUGACGACCUCGUGGCCAAGAGCGACGGCCUGAGCUCCCAGAGCAAGAUGUUUUACCAGCAAGCCAAGAAGCAGAACUCGUGCUGUGUGUUGAUGUAGCAGAGCCCCGACCGCUCUCUGCUUUCAUGUUUGGCGUUGGACGUGGAGGAUGCUGCUUUGCCCCCGAGCUGGCAGCACGAAAGAUUGGGUACGAUUUCUUAAGGCGCAGGUGCAUUUAUACAUCUAUCCACCGAGUACGACGCACCCCUGUUCUCUCGGCUCUACGCGCCCGUCGCUCGUUGUUUACGAAUCCUCAAUACAUCAGUUGGCAUGGGAAGGCUUCACAUGGCUCGCGCCAACAGCGCCAAGAUCAACACAACGACAAGGGCCAAGAGUUGAUUCAGUACACACACCAGGGGCGGGGAAAUAAAUUAAUGAUAUAUGCAUGUGAAGAACUUGAUAUUCACGUGAGAAAUAAUAUCGGGCCUCGUGUCUAUCUACAGGACUAUCCCAGCC